GACGCGCGCUGAGCGCUGACGUGAGCCCGCGCGCAGCCGGGGUGGAGCGGAAGUGACGCGCGCGGCGGACAGGAAGCGGGGCUGUGUAAACGUCGGAGCCGGCGACUGGACUGGAGGUGCAGCGGCUUCAUGUCAGAGAUGUGUAGGUCUACUUCAUCAUGGAUAGUGAGGACAACCCAGAAUUAGCUACUGCGGAAGAAAAAAUUGCACAUUGGAAAGAACUUGCUCUGAGAUAUAAGAGGAGUUUUCAGGAAGCACGUGAAGAGCUGGAAGAAUUCCAAGAGGGAAGCAGGGAGCUUGAAGCUGAGUUAGAAGCACAGCUGGAGCAAGCAGAACACCGAAACAGAGACUUAGUGGCUGAUAACCAAAGGCUAAAGCUCGAAUUGGAAGCACUGAAGGAAAAGCUUGAGCAGCAGAACGCACAAAGUUAUAAGCAGAUCUCUAUGCUAGAAGAUGACUUGGGUCAGACAAGAGGUAUCAAAGAUCAACUACAUAAAUAUGUAAGAGAGUUGGAGCAGGCAAAUGAUGACUUAGAAAGAGCUAAAAGGGCUACAAUAGUAUCACUGGAAGACUUUGAACAACGGUUGAACCAAGCGAUUGAAAGGAAUGCCUUUUUAGAAAGUGAACUUGAUGAGAAGGAAUCACUACUCGUUUCUGUUCAGAGGUUAAAAGAUGAAGCUCGAGACCUUCGGCAGGAGUUAGCAGUACGUGAAAGGCAAGACGUAACGAGAAAGUCUGCGCCCAAUUCACCCACACUGGAGUGUGAGAAGAUGGAUACAGCUGUGCAAGCUUCCCUCUCUCUACCGGCUACUCCUGUAGGCAGAAGCGGAGAAAAUGGGUUCACAUCAUCUAAAGCAAUAGCAAACGGCUUUGGCACAACUCCUUUAACUCCAUCAGCAAGAAUAUCUGCACUAAAUAUUGUUGGUGAUCUAUUAAGAAAAGUAGGGGCCUUAGAAUCAAAGUUAGCAGCAUGCAGGAAUUUUGCAAAGGAUCAGACAUCACGGAGAAGUUACACAUCUUCAGGGAACGGGACGGCUGCUGUGGUCAACAGCACAAAAUUUUCAAAUUCAGGGCUUGCAACAUAUUUUGACAAAGGAAGCGAAAAAGUCUUUUUCACCAAGUUUAUCAUUGGGACUGUAAAUGGUCUCGACCAAGGAUCCUCACGUGGAAUUGGAUUAGCAGCACCUUCGUCUCCGCCCAGCAUGCUCCCACUCAGCGUCUGAGUUGCCAUUUCUGCUUUUCUUUACUACUAACAGCAAAGUCGCUGUCCAGCUCCAGAUUCUGGAACUGUUUUUCUCACCCAUUAGUUCUGCACAAGACUGUCCAUUAAAGAUUUUGUCUCUUGAUUUCUGUUGGUAUCCUGUCACUGUAGCUUAGCUCAUGUCUGAUUAUUUUACCAUUCAGGUGCUUAUUGCACAAUACAGCAACGGUGGACUUUAUCUUGACAAAUUUACGGUUACAACUAAACAGAUAAAUCCUCAUAAGUUAUUUAAUCCGAGUUAAUGGUAUAAAUGGUGUUUUGGUCAGGCCAUGUGAAUUGUAGGACUUGCCAGUUGGUCUGGAUUUCUCAGUUAUGUGCCUGGAAUUGGCGGAAUUUUAAAAUCGCCACUUCCUACAAUUUUUAUGUUGUCCUGUACAAUUUUCCUUGGUUUGACACACAGGUUUAAUGGAUAUAUAUUGAAGCAUUGUUCGAAAUGUAAAUGGGUUUGUUACAAAUGGACAAUUGAAGCUUACAUCUUAAUUUUUUUUUAUUAAACAUUGGUUUUAUUUCUAUGCAUCCACCUGAUCACUUUACAUUUACAACUGGUAGUUGCAUAAUUGAAUUUAUUUCAUUUGUUUAUUUUAUUGUACAUAAGUUUGUAAACAUAACUUUGCCUAAGAUAUUUGUACAUAACUUGGGCAUUGUAACUUUAUUUAUUCAGAUUCUAUAUGGCAUGUUUAAUAAAUGAAGUGUACCAUAUACAGUUGUAACAAAUUCACAUAUCAUGAUGUAGAACCUGCUGUCUAAUCUUCUAGAAAUAAAUUUGUUCUUUAAACUGGU